CUUGUAUGCUACAACAACAACAACAACAAACUUCCAUACGUUUUUGUUGAAAAUAUUCUAUUUGUCCAUGUAAAAAACAAUUCGGUACUUUACACAAAUUUCUAAUUGCCUUGUCCUCUAACUUGUGAUGUGCGCUUUGAUGGCCCACAAAUGGAACAGGUGAAAAGUUAAGGGUUUUUUAUAUUUUAUGUAAUAAGGCUUGCCGACAUCUGCCGAAGAGCGACCUCUAUUAGCAAAAAAAACUUUUUUGGGAUCUUGGAAGGGCCAUGGAAUAGAUAUUAAUCAGAGCAUGAAUGCACCCUGAAUGUUAACAUGAAUUAUAUAUAUUUAUUUAGUAAUAAUUAAUGUUUGCCCUUUAUUUUUUUUUUUUAUUUAAUCAGCCCAAGCAAUCCUGAAAGUACAAAAACAGCUGAGACGAAAGUGCUGCCAAGUUUGUAUCUUUGUGUACAUGACGAUUGUUUACAUUUUUUUUGCAUGGACGCAGUUUAUAAACAUGUGCGAUCUUUGGAAUGAAUUUGAGCUAAAAAAGCCGCCGCUUCUUACAUUCCCUAUUCCAACUAAGAGAGCUCCAAAUGUACGACGCUUACAGGCUGCUAUAUAUCAAUACUUUCGGCAGCAUCGUCCACAAGAGGUCGAGUUUGCAGAGACAUCUGCUUUGCUAGGAAGGCUUAUGGCACGCCGAAAGAACUCAUUUCAUGGCAUGAUGGGGUUUCGUGCUGUUGUUAAGUGUAAUACAGCGACAUGUCGACUGCUUCGCAUCGAUAUUACACGAGAACUUGAAUCAUUUCAAGGCUCUUUGCCUGAUUUUGCGCUCAACUCGUCCGAAACAUUGGAGAUGCCAACCCAGAACUGCUUUGACUAUGUAUUAGUACGUUUGCUGAAUGUACAUGGUAUUUAUGUUCGGAUACGAGAGUGUUGCGUCCAAGCUGCAGAGUAUUUUGCGAAAUUAAUGCGAAAUAACUUUUUCAUGGAAACAAGUACCCUACUAUUGGCCGUGCUAGCCAAGUUGCACAAUUUGAGUGCCGUAUUGGGUAACAAAUGUGUUGAGCUUUACAACCAAUUGCAGCCUAUGCGAAGGAGAUUUCCUUCGGCGGGGCAUAGUGUUCACCUAAACUAUGACCUGCCAGAACAAUUGGAAGCAUUCUUGGAAAACCAGACUUUAGAAACCUCUAAGAGAGAAGGUGUAUUAUUAAAAGAUGAUGCGCCCUUGCAGGCAACACAUACGCCUCUUACAGCUGUGCGCGCUAUGAAACCUGUAAAAUUUAAAAGGACUUCCGAUGUGGGUGUAGAAGUGAUCAGAGAAUGUACGUUGACCUCUCAAAUUAAAACUUUCAAUGCGGAUGUAGAAUUGGCUACUAUAGAGGCUGUAAAACGAUUCAUUGCAACUGAAAACGUAACAAGAAAGCAGUCUUUAAAGCAGAGUGUAACUAAGGAUAUAUUACCCCACGAGUGGAUUGGUGCUACGCGUCUAUUUGAGCGCAAAUUAUUAGCUAACGAGCACAAGAAAGCUUUGAGUAUAUUCCGAAAAUUUAUUGUAAGCAAAGUUUCUUAGAAUAAAUUUUUAACGAUCGAAC